AUGGAUACACGAGAAUUUGUCACCAGGGACGAAUUUUGGCGCAUUCAAGAGACGCUGAAUGACCUAUCUGCAACUCAAGCCGUCCAUUCAGAUCGAAUCAUGCGCCUAGAGUCCAAGACCCCGGACGGGAGUCGUCCUAGAAACCUUUGGGGGUCGACCUCACCUUUUCCUUUGGGGUCCUCACAUCACGAUUCGUCGCUCAAUCCUGCGGCUGAGGCCUUCCGAAACUUCGACGUCGAUCCCAUGAUCAGUUCCUUGACCCUGGACACGACGGACGAUCCCAGAAGAGCAGCCGCAUCAAGAGCCAAUUCUGUCCGGUUUGAUGAGAGCGCAAACAACCAUUACGGGUCGUCAAGACAGUCUAUAGAACUCCCCACGCGAACAGGAAGCGGACUUGGUGGCCAUGCACUCUCUGAAAGAUCGCUGUCGCACCGAUCUGAUGGCAGACCAACGGCUACUGGAUUUGGCCGGACCAACAGCUUCGGGCUUGAACAGAGUCGCCUACUUGGCUCGAUACACAACUCGCCCCGUGUGUCGGGCAACCCUCCGCCGGGUUUCUUCAUCUUAGGCCCAUGUCCGGCCAUCAUUCGUUGUUGGCUGACUCAAUCCUUCUCCAACAGCUCGCUCCUUUACGCUGCUGUCUGUACGGGAUCAACCAUUUCUUCAGUUGGCUAUCCGCUCCUCUGCAAGCUCGGUUUGACGAAUGCAAUCACCGAUGAAGGAGAGUAUCGUACAAUCCGCCUGCCCGUGUAUUUGACCGAAGCCAAGAUCCACGCCUCUGCCGCCGUGAGAUCAGGGAGCCCAGCCCCAGCCAUACCUACCUUGAUGGUCAAAUUCGCUGUCGACGACCAGCUGGUGUCGGACCCCUCGAUUCAGGUCAUCUUGGGCAGUGACGUCUUGAGAUCACAUAACGCCGAUAUCCUGUUCUCUCAGGACAAGAUGAUGAUUUUCGACGAAGACCGGAAUCAACUUUCUAUUCCACUCUGCCGACCAGAGGAUGAUGCCUCUUUCAAACAUCUGUGCACGGGACCUCGUCCUCACGCAUCCUCGGUAGAUGCUGUUCUGCCGCCUCCAGCCUCCCCCGUGGGAGUCAUUGGCCGGCCCGAAAGAGCGCGUCCGACGCAAACGGUUGUUUCGCCUACGGCUGCUCCUACGAGUGCUACUACUUCCGAACCUGAAGAUGGUCGUAGAACAGAGCAGUCCACUGAGCUAUCGACCCGAUCCAGCCUGGAUCUGGGCCCGUCCAAGCCAGCCGAUGACUCAAAGUCGACCACUGGGAGUGAGAAAUCAUUUACGACACCUAUGUCCAAGUCUGGAGUAUGGUCUAACUCGUGGCGAUCUGUGUCAUCUACUGCCCUCAACGAGGCGGGCUCGAAACAGCCUUCAUCUACGUAUGCGAGACCUCAGUCGCAAAGAAACAUGAAGAUCCUGCGGCCGGGAAAGACGAUGGCCAAUGCGUCCAGAAAUCCUUCUUCUUCUUCAUCCGCCACUCCCAACGGUGCAGACACCUCACCGUUCAAACCGGGUGAGGCUGCAAAAGGCCCUGAUUCAGUGGGCGAGUCAAAAGCUCCACUGCCCACCCCGACUUCAAAGUCUAAUCCAAUUGGCUCGGGCACUGCGUUCGGGUGGCUGAACACUGGACCGCAACGUAGGACGACGGCAAAUAGCUGA